AUGUCAUCCUCCGAUGAGGAUGCUGUUCGACGCCCUGGGCGUGGUGCGCCCAAUGGCCGCCAAACUCCCCCAGACAGCGAUGCCGAAAACAACCUCGUGGACCAGAUGGAUGAGGAUGACGACGCCGAUCUCUUCGGCUCCGACGGAGAGGACGGUGGACUUGACAAUCUCGACAAUGACCGCGCCUUAGACGAUGAACAAUUGGACUCGGGCGACGACGAGGGCCGUUUCGAUCGCCGUAGUGACCGCAUGGAUGAGGCUGGGGACGAGGAUUUCGGAACCGUCAACAUUAUGGACGUGGGACUGGCACGGCCGCCCGUGCCAGUGACCAACGAUGGCCAGGUCUACACGAUGCGCAUUCCCGAGUUCCUAUCAAUCGAGAACGAAGAGUUUAACCCAGAGACCUACGUCGCGCCGCCCUAUUCGACCGCUGCGACAUCUCUUUGCUGGCGAAAAGACCCCGACGACGAGACCCUGCUGCAAUCGAAUGCGCGCAUGAUCCGAUGGGAGGAUGGCUCCGUGACGCUUCAGCUUGCAUCUUCGCCACUUGAGCAAUACCGCAUCGCUUCCAAACCCCUUGCCCCCCUCACCAAGUCUGGCGAGUAUGACACCAAGCUGGAUUCUCACGUUUACCUCGGAGCGGCGGUGGAAACCGCAUCGGUUUUCCGACUGACCUCGCACGUCACGCAUGGCCUGACUGUUCUUCCGACUGCCUUGGAGACAGAUGAUGCGGUCCAGAAGCUCCAGGAAUCGCUGGCUAUUGCCGCCCGUGGCAAGAAGCAGACUGCGGAUGGCUCGGUACCUCUGAUCGAUGUCAAGGAGGAUCCUGAACUGGCCCAGCGUCGCGCGGAACAGGCAGAGAGAGAUGCGAUGAAAGCGGAACGUCGCCGGCAGCAACUUGCGGAUCGCGAGGCAGACCGUGGUCGUCGGGGCGGCGGGCGCUCUAUGCCAUCCGGCCUCAGCAUCGGCCAUCUCGAAUCUGGCGACGGCAUGCUUACCACUCGUCCUCGUGCCAAGAAGCCACGCCGCACCAACCGCCAUGGUGAGAUCUACUCAGACGACGACGAUGACUACGGACGCGGCGGACGCACGAGGGAGGACGAGUACGACGAAGACGAUGGUUUCCUGGUUGGAAGUGACGAGGACAUCGAGGAGGAGGGCGAUGAUGACGAGGAAGAGGUGCUGGAGGACGAGGACAUGGAUGCCGAGGGCGAGGCAGACGACGAGGUUCCAGCUCCGGAAAAGGCAGCGCCUAAGCCAUCUUCCGAAGCACCAAAGGAAGGGACACCUCCCGCGCGGAAGAAGCGCUACGUGGUGGACGAUGAUGAAGACGAGUGA